AUGAGCGGGUUUAUGAACAAAUUCGGUGGCAUUUUGGGCAACCUCACCCAGGAAUCGAAUAGCGGGGGGAAGAAGAAGGGCGGUGGGAAGAAGAAGAAGGCCAGAACUCAGGAUGUUAAACAAGAGGAAGGUGCUGGUGCUCAGAGCUCUAAAACUGCCAAAAAAGUAAGGAACAGGGGUUUUUUGUUGUAAAGAAAGUUCUUGCCAGCCACUACUUGUUUUGUAAAGUUCUUGCCAUUUUUUGUUCUGUAAAGAAAGUUUUUGCCAUUUUUUGUUCUGUAAAGAAAGUUCUUGCCAUUUUUUGUUUUGUAAAGAAAGUUCUUGCCAUACACCUAAUUUAACAUUUUCAGAAGAAGAAGAAAAGCAAGGACAACAAGGGUGGUGCUACAGUUACUCAAAACAUCCCUGAAGACGAUACAGGCAGUGUCAUGGGAGGAAGCAAAGAACAAGCGUAAGUUUUGUUUGGCUUUUUUAAAUGUGCUAUAGCAAAAUUUUUUAAAACGUUUUUGCCGUUUUAUGAGUUUAGUUGAAUGGUUUAAGACUUAAAAUGGACUAGGAACACGUUUUGGACACUUUAGAAGUGGAAAUUGAAUGGAAGAUUUUUAGUGCAAAAUACAUUACAAAUCUUCCACAUAACUUCCACUCCUAAAAAAUGUCAAAAACUUGUUUUUAGGCCAUUUUAAGACAUUUUAAAAAUGGGAGUUUUGUGGAAGAUUUUUAGUGUAUUUUGCACUGAAAAUCUUCCACUCAAUUUCCAUUUUUUUAAAAAUUCCAUAACUUUUUAUACUUGUUAAGAAAAUCAACAAUUUUUUUGAAAGAACAUCUAAACUAGUAAGAACUUUCUUUACAGACUCAAAAAAUGUCAAGAACUUUCUUUACAAACCCAAAUCACUCAAAAAAUUUUCAGAAAACGAAAAAAGAAGCAAAAAUCGAAAAACAAUGACCAGACUGAAAUUCAACAUCCUCCAGAUAACAAUGCAAUGACCGAAAUGCGAGCUCCAACCACCCCCACCACCCCAACCAGUACGUCGGCCGCGUCAAACGAUACUGUAAUGGACAAGUACGGGUUCACAGCAACCUUAUUGGAAAAGGAAUUGAGCGGAGUAAAGAAGGAGUACAACAAGAUGAAGGCGGAGGAGAGAGAGAAACCACUACCACCUGUGGCUGGCCAAGAACCCGAAAAUAUGAACCGAAACCGCUACAAGGUAGGGAUUUUGAAGUGAAAGAAAGUUUUUUCAAAUUACCACCGUUUUAUCCUACCAUACUCUACCCUAUCCAUCCUACCUUGCCUUACUCUACCAUAAAGUGGCCUAAAACGCAUGUUUUGAGCCGUUUAAAAAAAUGGAAGUUAAGUGAAAGAUUUGUAAUGUAUUUUCCACUAAAAAUCUUCCACCAAACAUCCAUUUUAAAAAUGUCUUAAAAUGAUCUAAAAACGACUUUUUGUCUGUUUUUAAGCGUGGAAGUUGGGUGGAAGAUUUUCAGUGCAAAUUACAUUACAAUCUUCCAACAAACUUCCACUUCCAAAAAUAACAAAAAACGUGUUUUUAAGCCAUUUUAAGACAUUUUGCAAAUGGAAGUUAAGUGGAAGAUUUCCAGUGCAAAAUACAUUACAAAUCUUCCACCCAAUUUCCACUUUCUAACUGAAGCCAUUUUAGGGUUUGUAAACAAAGUUUACGUUACUUUAUCUUUAGAAAAACACUUUUGUGUGUUGUAAACAAAGUUAUGUGUUUCAGAACAUUUUAUGCUUCGAACAGCCUCGAUUAAGACUGUCAGAUGGCGGAUAUUACCAUGCAAACGUUGUGGAUAAUCAAUUUGUGUUGGCCCAGUCCCCCAACCCCAACUGUGUCGUUCAUUUUUGGGACCUCAUCAUGACAAAUGACAUAGAAGCAGUAAGUGAUUUUUACUUAUUAACAUCAUUUUAGGUAGUCCAACUACACCCAUUUGAUGAAGGUCGCAGAUGUUCCAAAUACUAUCCUACACAAGUAAAUCAAUCAGAAGAGUACGGACCUUAUAAAGUUACACUAGCCAAGGUAAGUCCAUUAUAGGCAUUUUGAAACUUGAAAAAUAGCUUUUAAAAAGUGGAAUUUGAGUGGAAAAUUUGCAAUGUAUUUUGCACUGAAAUUCUUCCACGGAACUUCCAUUUUUAAAAUGUCUUAAAAUGACUUAAAAAUGAGUUUUUGAACAUUUUUGAGAGUGGAAGUUGAGUGGAAGAUUUGUAAUGCAUUUUGCCCUGAAAAUCUUCCACCCAACUUCCACUCCCAAAAAUGCUUAAAAACGUGUUUUUAGGCCGUUUUAAGACAUUUUAAAAAUGGAAGUUGAGUGGAAGAUUUUCAGUGCAAAAUACCUUAUAAAUCUUCCACUCAACUUCCACUUUUAAAAAACGGCAAAAAAGUCGUCCGAGUGCAAGGUGGUUGUUACGAAUUGUCUUACCCUCUUAAAAUCCACCCUUUAGAAGAGUGUGCCACGCUCUAAUAAUUCACCCCCCCUUUCAAUCUUUCGUUGCGAGACCUAUGCUGGGCAGCUAAAGCCCUCAGACUGGUCGAGUCUACAUCAAAUCUUAUUCAUACUGCCAUUUCAGAUCGAACCGUCGCCAGUCGAAGAGCCGAAUCUCCAAUUUUUCCAUUUCAAACUUCAAGGCCCUAAGGGUGAAAUGACGUUAAAGCACAUUCAUUGGAACGGUUUCCCGCAGUUUGGUAUGCCCGAAGCCAGCAACACGAUCCCAUACAUUUGGAAACACAUUAAGACCAGAAACCGGAUUUUGGUGCACUGCAGUUCGGGCGCGGGUCGCAGUGCAACCCUCGUACUGACUUGUCAAUUGUUGGCGCGAGUUCAACAGAACGAGGAGAUCAACAUGUUGAACAUGGUAAAGGAGAUGCGCUCGAAACGGCACAAUGCCAUUCGGAAUGAAAUGGUAGGGAUUUUGUUUACAGAGGCGAAAAGCUUGACUUGAGAACGCAAAAACUUUCUUUACAAAGCCGAUUUUUACAAAAAUUUUUGAAAUUUCGAAGAAGCGCAAGGACUUUCUUUACAGCCCACAAUUUUGUAAAAAAUGAAAAAAUUUCAAAAAAACCGUAAAAACUUUCUUUCCAAAGCAAAAAAAAGUUGAAAAAAGCUAAAACUUUUAAAAACCGCAAUAACUUUCUUUACAGCCCACAAUUUUGUAAAAAAUCAAAAAAUUUCAAAAAAAAACGCAAGAGCUUUCUUUCCAAAGCAAAAAAUUUUUAAAAAACUAAAAUUUUUUUUAAACCCGCAAUAACUUUCUUUUCAAGACCCAACUUCACAAAACCGAAAAAAAUAAAAUCCCGCAAAAACUUUCUUUCCAAAGCAAGAAUUUCAAAAUUUUUUUUUCAUUUUUUCAUCUUCAGCAGUAUGUGUACGCGACCCGAAUCGUGCUGUUCUACUUUAUGAAGUACAACGCGAUUGAGAUGAGCCAGAACCUGUUGAUCUACAUUGACGACUUUGACGCUUACGCCAAGAAGUACGAAAAGCAAGAGAAGACCGGAGACUUGAGCGAAGCCUCGGACGAACUGAAUAACGUUUGA